UUUGCUCAAACAAAAAAGUCCGAGACUGUAGUGUGGCCGGACCAUAUUUUAAAUGAAUACCAAAGUAUAUAUAUCGAUAUAUAUGCUUAAAAAAGGCGGUUACACUGAUUUGCUCAAACAACAAAUUGAAGCAAAAUUUUUCUUUUAAAUUAUUUCGAAACUAAGGAACUGGCAUGGACAUCUUCGAAAACCUUUGUCGCACGUGCGGCAAUGAGUGCCUGGACCUAUUGAACAUCUACGAAGUGAGUGCUAAGGCUCUGGAUAAGAUGGUGCCCGUCGCGGAGAUGCUCUCCUCCUGCUUACCCGCCAACUUUCCGGCUCUGGAGCCAUCCGACGCCUAUCCCAAGCUGAUCUGUCGCAUUUGCUUGAAGAAACUAACCCUGGUAUAUGAGUUCAACCACCAGUGGAUGGCUGCACACACCGAGUUCAAUGUGGCGCUAAAAUUUGAAGAGCGGCGAAGGCGCAGCCUGGCCAGCAAAUCGCAAGACUUUAAGGUACCGGAUUUUCUCAAAACACAGGAAGUUCCUACAGCUCCCAAGAUGUCGCCGGAGGCUUGUGGGAGUAACUUAACUGUGACAGAGGAAGUCGAGCCCAAUUUUAAGUGCACCAUCUGCGACGAAUCCUUUCUUACGGAAAAGGCUUGGCGGUUGCAUCGCAAUUUCUCUCACAAGGACCUCUAAUACGCAACCGAGACUUUAGGGUAAUUAAAUAAUAUAACUCAGGAAAAAAGUUGA